GAUUGCUUCCCUUUUUCUUCCUGCUACCUGGGCCCAGCUGCGGUUGGCUUGGCAGUUGGCUUGGCAGCCCUCGGCCGAGAAGUGGGAAGAGGCCUGUAUCCGUGCUCCCGGUGGGGGGGUGGAGUACCUGGGCCGCAAGAUGUACCAGACCGAGACAGAUUUGACGGAGGUGAUCCAGGGUCCUUCUCCACCCCCUGAGCUUUCCCCUGCAGCCUUUAUCAACGCCGUGCAGUACGCUAACGUGCUGGAGGGCAGGUUCAAACAACUUCAAGAUGAACGAGAAGCCGUGCAGAAGAAGACCUUCACCAAAUGGGUCAACUCUCACCUGGCCCGGGUCACGUGCCGCAUCAGCGAUCUGUACAGCGACCUGCGAGACGGGCGGAUGCUCCUGCGCCUUCUGGAAGUGCUGUCCGGGGAGCAACUGCCCAAACCCACCAAGGGCCGGAUGAGGAUACACUGCCUGGAGAAUGUCGACAAAGCCCUCCAGUUUCUAAAGGAGCAGCGUGUCCACUUGGAAAACAUGGGCUCCCACGAUAUUGUAGAUGGCAACCACCGACUCACGCUGGGCCUCAUCUGGACAAUCAUCCUCCGUUUCCAGAUCCAAGAUAUCAGUGUGGAGACUGAGGAUAAUAAGGAGAAAAAGUCAGCAAAGGAUGCUCUGCUGCUGUGGUGCCAGAUGAAAACAGCUGGGUACCCAAAUGUGAAUGUCCACAACUUUACCACCAGCUGGAGGGAUGGCCUGGCUUUCAACGCAAUUGUCCACAAACACAGGCCAGAUCUGAUAGACAUUGAUACCUUGAAGAAAUGUAACGCGCAUUACAAUCUCCAGAAUGCCUUCAACGUGGCUGAAAAAGAGCUGGGCCUCACCAAACUUUUGGAUCCUGAAGACGUGAACGUGGACCAACCUGAUGAGAAGUCCAUCAUCACUUAUGUGGCCACCUACUACCACUAUUUCUCUAAGAUGAAGGCCUUGGCUGUGGAAGGGAAACGGAUUGGAAAGGUCCUGGACCAUGCCAUUGAAGCUGACAAGCUCAUAGAGAAGUACGAGACACUUGCCUCCGACCUUCUGCAGUGGAUUGAGCAGACCAUCUUGACCUUGAAUGAUCGGAAGCUGGCCAACUGCCUGAGCGGAGUGCAGAACCAGCUGCAGGCUUUCAAUACUUACCGCACUGUGGAGAAACCACCCAAGUUCACUGAGAAGGGGAACCUUGAAGUUCUGCUCUUCACCAUCCAGAGUAAAAUGAGAGCCAAUAAUCAGAAAGUUUACAUACCACGAGAGGGAAGACUGAUUUCUGACAUCAACAAGGGUUGGGAGCGUCUGGAAAAGGCCGAGCAUGAGCGUGAGCUGGCGCUGCGCAAUGAAUUGAUCCGACAGGAGAAGCUGGAGCAGCUGACCGCUCGCUUCGAUCGCAAAGCGGCCAUGCGCGAAACCUGGCUGAGUGAAAACCAGCGCCUUGUCUCCCAGGAUAACUUUGGCUCAGACAUUUCAGCCGUCGAGGCGGCCGUACGCAAACACGAAGCCAUCGAGACAGAUAUUGUGGCCUACGAUGAGCGUGUGACCGCCGUGAAUGCAGUGGCAGACGAGCUGGAGGCAGAGGGCUACCACGACAUCAAGCGGGUGCUGGCGCGCAAGAACAACGUGGUGCGGCUCUGGGAUUAUCUCCGGGAGCUGGUGGCUGCGCGUCGUGAGCGCCUGCUGCUCCAUUUUGAGCUCCAGAAGAUGUUCCAGGACUUGACCUACCUCAUGGAUUGGUUGGAAGAAAUGAAGGGCCGCCUCCAGUCCCAGGACUUUGGGAAACACCUGCAUGGGGUUGAGGACCUGCUUCAGAUCCAUGCUCUGGUGGAAGCUGACAUUGCUGUCCAGGCCGAACGGGUAAAAGCCAUCAGUGCUGCCGCUCAGCGUUUUGCUACUCCUGGAGAAGGGUACAAGCCCUGCGAUCCCCACCUUGUGCAAGAGCGCGUGGCAAUGCUGGAGCGGUGCUAUCAGGAACUGGUGCCGUUGGCUGCCCAGCGGCGUGCCAAGCUGGAGGAGUCGCGCCGCCUCUGGAAGUUCUUCUGGGACAUGGGGGAGGAGGAGGCCUGGAUCCGAGAGCAGAGCCAGAUUCUCUCCUCGAUGACUUUGGCAAGGACUUUGACCAGCGUGCUGCGCCUCACCAGCAAGCACAACGCUUUCCGGGAUGAGAUGACCGGCCGGGCCGGCCCUUGCAGCAGAGCAUUCCGAGGGCGCCAGCUGGUGGCUGAGGGUCACUUUGGAGCUACCGAGGUGGCCGAGCGAUCAGAGAUCGAGGAGCAGUGGGAGCAACUGGAGGCCUUGUCAAGUGAGCGAGAACGGCGUCUCCUCCAAGCCUCCAACCUCUACCAAUUCCAGGCUGAUGCCAACGACGUGGAGGCCUGGUUGCUCGACACUCUCCUGGUGUCCAGCUCUGACAUGGGCCACGAUGAAUACUCGACCCAGCUGGUGAAGAAGCACAAGGACGUAGAGGAGGAGAUCCAGAACCACCCUGCCCUGGACGCCCUGCACGAGCAGGCCCGGAGCUUGCCCGCCAGCCUUGCCCGUUCUCCUGAAGUGGAUGGGCGCUUGCCUGCGCUGGAGCAACGCUACGAAGAGCUGCUGGGUCUGGCGGAGCAUCGCAAGCAGGCCCUGCAGGACGCUCUUAACCUUUACAAGAUGUUCAGCGAGGCAGACGCUUGCAGCCUGUGGAUCAGCGAGAGGGAGUACUGGAUUGAAACCAUGGACGUGCCGGAGAAGUUGGAAGACCUUGAAGUGGUGCAGCAAAGGUUUGAGACACUGGAGCCAGAAAUGAAUAACUUGGCCUCUCGCAUCGCGGCAGUGAACGAGAUUGCGAUUCAGCUCUUGGGCACUGAUCACAGGAACAAGGGAAGCAUCCAAGCCACCCAGGAGCAACUCAAUAGUAGGUAAGUGCAGCAGUUCCAGGCCUUGGCUAGCCAGAAGAAGGAGGCAUUAACCUCCGCACUCAGCAUCCAGAACUACUACUUGGAGUGCAACGAGACCAAGGCGUGGAUGCGGGAGAAGACCAAAGUGAUCGAGUCUACGCAAGGCUUGGGCAACGACCUGGCAGGGGUGAUGGCUCUGCAGCGCAAGCUGGCUGGGAUGGAGCGGGACCUGGAGGCCAUCCAGGGCAAGGUGAGGGACCUGCAUGAGGAGGCCGCCCGGCUGGCAGCCCAGCACCCCGAACAGGUGGCUGCCAUCUCCAGCCGGCUCUCCGAAAUCGAUGAGACGUGGGACGAGCUGCGGGGGACCAUGCGGCGCCGAGAGUCCCUGGGAGAAGCCAGCAAGCUUCACGGUUUCCUGCGUGACCUGGAUGACUUCCAGGCGUGGCUGCUGCGCACUCAGACGGCCAUCGCCUCGGAAGAUGUCCCGGCCACCCUGCCGGAGGCGGAGCAGCUGCUGAGCCAACACGAGACCAUCCGGAACGAGGUGGAGCAUACAAGGGCGACUAACCAGCGGUUGCGGACCAUGGGAGAGGAAGUGACGCAGGGCCACACCGACGCCCAGCACAUGUUCCUUCAGCAGCGCCUGCAGGCCCUCGACACCGGGCUGGAAGAGCUCGGGCAGAUGUGGGAGAACCGCACCAGCUGCUUUCACGGGCUUAUGGCUUCCAGAAUCUUCCUGAGGGACACCAAGCAAGUGGAAGGGGUGCUCAGCAACCAGGAAUAUGUGCUGACUCACACCAGCAUGCCCAGCUCUCUCCAGGCUUCUGAGGCUGCCAUUAAAAAACAUGAAGACUUCAUGACCACCAUGGAAGCCAACGGAGAGAAGAUCAAGGGCCUGGUGGACUCUGGGAGGAAACUCAUUAUGGAAGACAGCCUCCAUUCAGACAAGAUCCAGGAGAAGGUCAAUUCUAUUGACAGUCGACACAGGAAAAACCAAGAAGCAGCCCAAGAUCUCCUGGCCCGGCUCCGUGACAAUCGAGUUCUUCAACACUUCCUGCAAGAUUGUCAGGAGCUCACCCUGUGGAUCAACGAAAAGAUGCUCUCGGCCCAGGACAUGUCCUACGACGAAGCCCGAAACCUCCACACCAAGUGGCAGAAGCACCAGGCGUUCAUGGCAGAGUUGGCCUCCAACAAGGGCUGGCUUGAGAAGAUCCAGAAGGAAGGGGAGCAGCUGGUGGCAGAGAAACCUGAAUUGGAGCCCGUGGUGAGAGCCAAGCUGGAUGAGCUGCAGAAACUCUGGCAAGAGUUGGAAUCCAGCACCCAGAGCAAGGCUCGGUGCCUCUUUGAUGCCAACCGUGCCGAGCUCUUCACCCAGAGCUGUUCGGCCCUGGAGGCUUGGCUAAGCGGCCUACAGGCUCAGCUGCUCUCUGAUGACUAUGGCAAGGACCUGACCAGCGUCAAUAUUUUGCUCAAGAAACAGCAGCUGCUGGAGAACCAGAUGGACGUGCGAGAGAAAGAGGUGGAGGGGCUGAAGGCUCAGGCGCUGGCCCUCAGCCAGGAGGAUUCCAACACCGUGGAGGUGGACGGGAAAUUGCACUCGGUGGAGGGAAAAUUUACGGAGCUGAGGGCACCGCUGCGGGAACGCUGCGAGAAGCUGCUGGCCUCCAAGGAGCAGCACCAGUUCAAUCGGGACCUGGAGGAUGAAAUUCUAUGGGUGAAGGAGCGGAUGCCCAUGGCUGUUUCCAUUGAUCACGGCAAAGAUCUUCCCACCGUCCAGCUGCUGAUCAAGAAGAAUCAGACUCUGCAGAAGGAGAUCCAAGGACACCAGCCCCGCAUCAAUGACAUCCUGGGGAGGUGGCAGGGGCUGGCAUGCAGUGGCCUGGAGGCGGAGCUUCAGGGCCGCGUGGAGACAUUAGAGGGGAUGUGGCAGGAGCUGCAAGACCAGGUCGACCAGCGGCACGGACGGCUGGAGAAGGCACAGAUGGCCCAGCAGUUUUACUUCGACGCUGCCGAGGCUGAGGCCUGGAUGGGUGAACAGGAGUUGCACAUGAUCUCGGAGGAGAAGGCAAAAGAUGAGCUGAUUGCUCAGGCCAUGGUAAAGAAACAUUUGGGAAUGGAGCAGGCUCUGGACGGUUACGCCCAGACAAUCCAUCAACUCUCCGUCCAGAGCUGCGACAUGGUGAAUAACGGCCACCCAGAGAGUGAGCGGAUCAGUCUUCGGCAAGGCCAGGUGGACAAGCUCUAUGCCAGCCUGAAAGACCUCGCUGAGGAGCGUCGUGCCAAACUCCAGGAGCACCUUCGUCUCUGCCAGCUGAAGCGGGACGUGGAUGACCUGGAGCAGUGGAUCUCAGAGCGGGAGGUGGUGGCCGCCUCCCAUGAGCUUGGGCAGGAUUACGAACAUGUCACGAUGCUGCGAGACAAGUUCCGGGAGUUCUCGCGGGACACCAGCACCAUUGGCCAGGAGAGAGUGGAUGGUGUCAACCGGCUGGCGGAUGAGAUGAUCGCUGCCGGCCAUUCCGAGAAUGCCACCAUCGCUGAGUGGAAGGACAGCUUGAACGAGGCCUGGGCAGAUCUCCUGGAACUCAUUGACACCAGAAGCCAGAUGCUGGCAGCUUCCUAUGAAUUGCACCGCUUCUACCAUGAUGCCCGGGAGACCCUCAGCCAGGUGCAGAACAAACAGAAGCAGCUCCCAGACGAAGCAGGGUGGGAUCUGAACACAGCGGAAGCCAUGCAGCGGAUGCACACUGCCUACGAACAUGACAUUCAGGCGUUGAGUGCUCAGGUGAAGCAGGUGCAGGAUGAUGCAGCACGGCUGCAGAAGGCCUAUGCCGGGGAGAAGGCUGACGACAUCCGGAGGCACGAGCAGUCGGUGAGCGAGGCCUGGUCUGACCUGCUCAGCAGCAGCAGUGACCGCCGCCAGCUCCUCCUGGACACCGUUGACAAAUUCCGCUUUUUCCGCAUGGUGCGCGACCUGCUGCUGUGGAUGGACGAUAUCAACCUCCAGAUAGAUGCGCAGGAGAAGCCCAGGGACGUGUCAGCUGCUGACUUGGUCAUCAAGAAUCACCAAGGGAUCAAGGCCGAGGUGGAGGCACGGACCGAUAGCUUCAAUGCCUGCAUAGCUAUGGGUGACGACUUGCUGGCUAAGGGGCACUAUGCUUCUGCAAAGAUCACAGAGAAAUUGUCUCAGUUGCAGGAACGCCGCAAGGAGAUCAAUAAUAAAUGGCAAGAGAAAAUGGACUGGUUACAAAUAGUUAUGGAAGUGCUGAUGUUCGGGCGGGAUGCCAGCAUGGCAGAAGCGUGGCUUUCCAGCCAGGAACCAAUUGUGCGCUCCACUGAACUGGGCGACAACGUGGACGAAGUUGAAAACCUGAUCAAGCGACAUGAAGGCUUCCAGAAAUCAGUAGCCGCCUGGGAAGAACGUUUCCUGGCACUGAAGAAACUCACGACGCUGGAAGAGUCUCAUCGGCGGCAUGAACAGGAAGAAGCGAGGAAGAGGAGGUUGCCAACACCAACACCACUGGAACCCACUGUCACGAUGCCACAGACGCUGGACCUGGAGGGGCAUCACCUGCCCAGCACCACUCAGGCCAACGGGAGCCCUGGAGAACAAGGCUUAGCUCUGGAGUUGCCAUCUCAAAACGGGAUUGACCCAGAUUCGGAAUCUCCCCAGAUUUCAGAAUCAUCAGCUGCAGCCAAUGGGUCACAGCUGGAUUCUGUAUCCAAGGGCAAAGAGCCUAGCCCACCCUCUUCCCCUAAACUCAGUUCCAAGCCAGCUGCACUCAGUACGGGUCCCGUGCAGUCAGUCACGGUGCCCCCGCGAACACCCGACCACUCGGCUCCAGAACAGAUGGAAGGAAUGUUACAUCGGAAGCAGGAAAUGGAGUCCCAUGGCAAAAAGGCAGCUAACAGGUCUUGGCAGUCCAUCUAUUGCGUUGUGCAGAAAAGCAGCUUCGGGUUCUACAAGGACAGCAAGCAUGCCAGCAACGGCAUCCCGUACCACGGAGAAGCACCCGUCGGCCUGCAGGGAGCGCAGUGCAACGUGGCUCUCGAUUACAAGAAACGCAAGCAUGUCUUUAAACUCGGAUUAACAGAUGGCAAAGAAUAUUUAUUGCAAGCAAAGGAUGAGGCAGAGAUGAGCAGCUGGAUGCGAGUGAUCAAUGCCGCCGCGUGCCCCCUCCCACCCCAAGACCCGGCGGAAGAUCAGCCGGUGCUCAUCAGCAAAGGCAUGACGCGAGCCAUGUCGAUGCCCCCCAUGCCCCCCCACAGCGCCUCGGAAGGGACCGUCACCCUGCGCAGCAAAGACCCCAAGGAGAAGGACCGCGAGAAACGCUUCAGCUUUUUCAAGAAGAACAAAUAGGAGCCGUCGGCGGGAGAGGGGCGGGGGGCUCUGCUGCGGUUGGCGAAAAAUCUGUACAGGCCUGAGCAGUGAUGGUGCGAGGUGCGGCGAGGGGCUUGAGAUCGGCAAAGGGAGCAGGGUGAGGGCGUGACAAAACUGGCCAUGGCUCUUUUCUUAAAUACUGCAGAUUGCAUGAAGCAUCUCUGACGUUUGCAAGGAAUGCCUCCCCUUCCGGCCCCCUCCUUCCCCACAACAAAGAAAACCGAAACGAAGCAGGCCACGUUGCCUCUGUUGCAAGGGGAAAGCGCAGUUGUGGCAGCGCUGUGCUGGGGAAAGGCCUCCCUGAGGCGGGGCAGAUUGUCAGAUGCUGGACAUCUGGGGUGGGGGGCAGGGGCGUGCAUCUGGGCGAACGGGCCACGGAAGGGGGUGGCCUGGGGCUGAUCCAAACCCAGUUUUUAAUGAGUGCCAGGGAUGUUGGUACUUUGUGGGUCCUGGUAGCAGGGACGCCCUUGGAAGUCCCACAGGUACAAAACGGACCAUUUUGGCUUUCCUUUGGUAUCACACUUGCUUCACCUCCUCCGUCCGCGCCCCAAGGCCGUUGGCUCCCCAGACCCACCUUGCUGCAACCUCAUCAGCAGGCCACAUCAUGUUGGAAAAAGGCUUUGGCCCCCGUCCUGACGGGAACGUGCAAGGGCGAGAUGGGCCUCUUCGAAACACCUGAAAAAUCCCCCUUUAAAGGUUUAGCUAAAUCGCGAUAGGCACCUAUCCAUGCACCCCUUCAAAAAUCGAACCGAGGAUGCAACACGCCGCACCGCUUGGCCCUGCAGCUUAAGCACUGGGAAGUCUGGGGCUGGGAAGCAGCCUCCUCUUGGAAGUGAAGCCUGGCCAAGGGAUGCUGAGCUGGCCCUGCACCUGCCUCUCCUGGUGCGCAUCUUCUCACACUUCCCUAGCCUGAACGCAGCAGAGAGAAAGGGAAGGGGGGCCAAAACCUUGGGGGCUGGCUUCAGGUUUCAGGAGGGGUCCCUGGGAUGAAACUCCUCCCUGCAGCUGAGUCUCCGGACCGGCUGCCCACCCUCCUAGCUUGCCUCACGGUGCCUGCAAGGUGUGAGCAUCUCUCUGGUGCUCUGGAAUAGGGGGGGGGGGGGUCUUAAACUAAGACAGCUUUUGCCGCCAGCGGUUCCCCCAACUAGGAAGCCCAAGUGAAUUCUGGCUCAAACCAGUGACCGGCAAUCCAGGCCGCACUGCGCUGCGCUGCCCUGCACCCACACCACCCUCUGCUUUAAAACAGGGGUCCCCUCUCUGUCCACACAAUGCCCGGCAGUGCUGUUAUAAUAGAUCUGCUCCAGUUGGGAUCAUUUUGGCGGCUUUUCCCAAACUGGUGCCCUCCACCGGCUAAGAAAUCAGGAGGCGAGGUUCCAAUGCGUCUGGUGGAUCACCAAGUUUUGGAAGGCUAGUUUAAUAGCCCCCUCCCUUCCUCCCCCUAGCCUCUAUUCCAGGGUUUCUCAACCUUAGCCGCUUUAAGAGGGGUGGACUUCAACUCCCAGAAUUCCCCAGCCAGCCAUGCUGGCUGGGGAAUUCUGGGAGUUGAAGUCCACCCCUCUUAAAGUGGCCAGGGUUGAGGAAUCCUGCUCUAUUCUAUGCAAAAUUCAUCAUCCCACGCCCGUUUCACCCCCUUUGUCAAGCCUCGGAGCGCACAAAGUCCUCAGGGUUAGAACAAAGGCCAUCCAGUCUACGAGGAAGAUUCCCAAGUGGCGGAGUUUCCGUUUCUCAGGUGCCGGCGGGUGGCAGUGUUGCCGUUCAGUUUAUCACCUAGAGAUCUUUGGGCUGAUCUUUGCCUCCUGUGGCCACUGCCACAGAUCUUUGCCCCCCCCCCAAGGGAGCCCACGCAUGGCCAGCGCCCACUUGCGUGUGGCAGAAGAGAACAUUUUGCAGGGCCUCGCUCAGAACCAGGGAGCUGAAGGAUUUCCCUCAAGCCGCCACAAUUGGGCUUCUCCAAGCAUCCCGCAAAUCCAUUGGCGAGCACCAAAGUUUGUUCUGUUGGGUUGGUGGGACUCCUCUGCCAGCUGCUUGUCAGGGUCCCGACCAGAGCAGGAUCCCCACUGUGACCUCGCUCUGUGGUCUCCCCCCACCCCGGUCUUGGUUCCUGACCCAGGUGUGCCUUCCAUGCGUACUUGGAUGCCGCCCUGCAUUUCCACCUUUCCUCUGCAGCCCUGGCACACGGAUGGGGUUGCAGAAAGACCCAGAGGGGAUCGCCUGCCUUCUGAGGAGGAUUUUUUUUUUCAGGCUGCUUAGAGGGGAAGGGGUGGGGAGGCCCGGCCUACUAGGGAGACCCCCUUGCCUUCUCGGCACGCCCCUCGAGGGCCCCCAGCAGUGUUUUCUCUGUGUGUUGGGGACUAUUAUCCAUGUGUUUGCAGUGGCAUCUGUUCCAAUAUUUUUUUUUUUUUUUUGAAAAAUAAAAAAUCUGUGGAGAGAGCA